GAUCCAGAUAUGUCAGACCUCCUUCAAAACUUUGUGGUGGAUGUGACAACUGAUGUGAUUGGUGCUCUUGAUGACCAAAUGAGUGUGGAGUCGGCACACUGGCAAAUAUGCAGUCGGUUUACAUCAAGUGAGACAAAUAUACAGCCAAUCCGGAAGGAAUACUGUCGAAGUCGACCUGUAGCACGGUAUGUCAGAGUGAAAAUAAUCGGCUCUGCAAAACUAACAUUGUGUGAAGUAGAAGUGUUCGGUGAAUCAGCGAACAUUGCAAAAUUGAAACCAGCUGAGCAAAGCAGCGAGGCAAAGGUUCAAUCAACGAUUGCCAAUGCAGUUUCUAUUGGUGAAACUGGAGCUGGACUAGCAGUUGAUGGGAAUACAGAUCAACUGGAUAUCGCCGAAUGUGCAACUAGCUCUACGACAGUACAAUCUAAUCUGACUUGGGCCGUUGACCUGCGUGGUGAUUUCCUUAUAGAAGAGGUCUUUAUCUACGGCAG